AUGGCUUCGAUGACUGCUUCACUGGUGGCGGCGGCAGCGGUGGCUUCACCAACAUCUACACACAGAGCAUCGCCGCAGGGAGGCAUCUUCGACAAGGCGAAUCCGACUCACUAUGACCCGAAGAACCCUCUUGUCCUCUUCAUCAUCCAGGCUGGCCUGAUUAUCAUCUUCUGCCGACUGAUACACAUCCCCCUAUCUCGAAUGCGACAGCCUAGGGUCAUCUCAGAGGUGCUAGGCGGCAUCCUGCUCGGUCCGUCUGUGAUGGGACGCAUUCCGGGUUUCCGUGAGACCAUCUUCCCGGAUGCCUCUAUCCCCAAUCUCAACCUGGUGGCCAAUCUCGGGCUGGUGCUCUACCUGUUCAUGAUUGGCGUUGAGACCGACCUAAGGUCGCUGGUGAGCAACUGGAGAGUCGCUGCCAGCGUGUCUGCAGCCGGUAUGGUGCUACCGUUUGCUCUGGGCUGUGCAAUCGCAUACGGACUGUAUCACGAGUUUCGGCAAGAGCCUGGCCUGGCGCCCAUCGGGUUUGGGACUUAUUUGCUAUUCAUCGGCAUUGCCAUGGCCAUCACCGCAUUCCCGGUGCUAUGUCGUAUCUUGACUGAGCUGGAGCUACUCAGCACCAGAGUCGGAGUCAUCGUGCUGUCUGCCGGGGUGGGCAACGAUGUAGUAGGCUGGAUCCUGCUUGCACUCUGUGUUGCCCUAGUCAAUGCCAGCACCGGACUCACGGCCCUGUGGGUGCUGUUGACCUGCGUCGGCUUCGUCCUACUCCUGGUGUUUGUCGUCCGUCCGCUAUUCCUAUGGUAUCUGAGACGGACCGGCAGUCUCCAUGAUGGGCCCGAUCAGUCGGUCGUCACUCUCACCCUGCUGCUUGUCCUUUCAGCCGCAUUCUUUACCCAGGUCAUCGGCGUCCAUGCCAUCUUCGGUGGGUUCAUGAUCGGUCUCAUCUGCCCACACGAUGGAGGGUUUGCCAUCAAGUUGACAGAGAAGAUCGAGGAUGUGAUUGGUGCUCUCUUCUUGCCCUUGUACUUUGCACUCUCUGGUCUCAACACUAAUAUCGGCCUGUUGGAUUCGGGCACGGUCUGGGGAUAUGUCUUUGGGGUCAUCUUCAUCGCUCUUAUCGCGAAGGUUGUCGGCGGGAUGGUGGCAUCGAGGCUGAAUGGCCUGCUAUGGAGAGAGAGCUUGACCAUUGGCGUGCUGAUGAGCUGUAAAGGUUUGGUCGAGCUCAUUGUCCUGAACAUUGGACUGCAGGCAAAGAUCCUGAGCCCCCGUACGUUCACCAUCUUCGUCGUGAUGGCUCUCGUGACCACCUUCGUCACCACGCCGGUAGUGUCCUACCUCUACCCUCAGUGGUACCAGGUCAAGGUCGAGCGCUGGAGACGCGGGGAAAUCGACUGGGAUGGCAACGCUCUCGACUCUGAACCCCACAGUGGUUCUGAUAUUACCCGACAGAAGUCACAGGGCGCCUCUGUUCGCAAGCUCAUGAUCUACUUGAGACUGGACAGCCUGCCAAGCCUCUUCACAUUCGUAUCCUUGCUUGGGGCUGGAGAUGGUCGGGAUACGGACGCCUCCCGAGCGCACCAUGCCCACGACGACGGUGAGCCAGACCGACGUCCGGACAGCACUAGGACGGGCAGGCCGAUCGAGGUACACGCGCUGCGCCUGGUCGAGCUCACGGACCGAGACUCCAGUGUGAUGAAGGUGUCGGAGGUGCAGGACUACAGCUUCAGCGACCCGAUCCUGAAUGCGUUCCGGACGUUUGGCCGGCUGUACAAAGUCGCAGUAUCCGGCGGUGUGGUCAUCGCACCGGAGCACGCCUACGCAGAGACGGUGGUGAACAAGGCCCGCGACUGCGCGUCGGACCUGGUGCUGGUACCCUGGAGCGAGACCGGGGGGAUGAGCGAGAGACAGAUCCCGCUGCUGGACGACAAGAGCGAGAAGUUCUCUACCGGCCCGCACAGCUCGUUCAUCUCCAACAUCCUGAAGAACUCGAGGAGCAACGUCGGCAUCUUCAUCAACAAGGGGUUUGGCGGGUCACCCCUGAGCCUGCCCAAGCCAGGCCAGCUCUCCAGGACGUUCAGCGGCCACAACACCUACCGCACAAACGACCUGGCGCUGACCCCUUCUCCGGACAGAGGCCACCACGUCUUCAUGCCUUACUUUGGCGGGCCUGACGACCAGUUUGCCCUCAGGCUCGUGCUCCAGCUGGCGAACAACUCGUCCAUCACCGCGACCAUCGUCCGCAUAGAUGUUGCUGCUGCCGCCACAACUACCGACUCUGGCAGUGUACCGGCGCAACAGCACAAGGUAGCCCUCUCCGUAGAGGAAAAAGAAGCCGACGAGACGUUCUACAGGUCGAUCCGUGACUCUGUACCGUCCGAGCUUCGCGCCCGGGUGGUCUUCCAGGCCAUCGACUGUGCUGCCAGCGCCGUGCUGGCCGCCACGCGCGACGCCGCCGCCCACGACCUGGCCCAGUGCCAGAACAGCAGCAGCGGCAACCUGGUCGUCGUCGGCCGUAAUAGCCUCGCGCUGGAUGCAGCUGCAGCGCCACCGUCCUCGUCCCCGGAGUUUGGCCCGGAGGCAAAGAAGGCGAUCGGGGUGCUGGGCGAGGCUAUGGCAGGCAAGUCCUACGGCAUACAGGCCAGCGUCCUCAUCGUCCAGGCCAGUCCUUGA